AUGGAGGAAAAAUUGGGUGUGAUUCCGCCUGCUACACCUGCGAACCCUAAGAAGACGGAGACGGUUCUAGAGGCUGAGAAUAGAAAGCUCUGGGUUGAUGUUCUGAAUGACAAUCGAAACCCUGCCCAAGGUAGAUCCAUGAAAUAUGUUGCUCCUAAGAUGGUUGAAGGCAUGGUUGAAGUGGAAAUAGCUGAGGAAGAUAUCACAUCAGAGGUUAAUUUCUGGGCUUCAUCUCUCAUUCUUUAUAUCAUUGGUGGGGAUUUAAGUAUGAAUGCUCUAAAAAAUUAUAUGACCAAAACCUGGAAUUUUGUACAACUGCCUGACAUGUAUUAUAAUGAUGAAGGUUACUUCAUUCUCAGAUUUAGAUCCUUUAGUGAUAGGGAUGAUGUCUUAAUGAAAGGACCUUACACCUAUAGGAAUAUGCCUGUGUUGAUUAGAGAAUGGAUGCUUGAAUUUAGAUUGAAGGAUGAUUUCUUGCGUACCCUUCCCAUAUGGAUUAAGCUGCCUCAACUACCCUUAUGCCUUUGGGGAGAAAUGAGCCUGAACAAAAUAGGCAGUGCCCUAGGAAUUCCCUUGGUAACUGAUGAAUGUACUGCCAACAAACUUAGGGUUUCUUAUGCUCGAAUUCUUGUGGAAAUGGAUAUCACAAAAGAUCUACCAACUGAACUCACAAUCAGGGAUAAAGAUGGCACUAAAUUUCUGCAACCUGUUGAAUACGAAUGGAAGCCCAUGUAUUGCAAAAGAUGUCAGAAGCCUGGUCAUAAUUGUGAGCAACCUAAGCCUAAAAUUAAGCAAUGGAAGCCAAAAGAAAAACCUGUUGAAACAGCCAUUGUAAUCCCUACUGAAUCACUCAAGGAUCUGACUGUUCUGAAAAAACCUUCUACUGAGGACAUUCCUGGUGACACAGAUUGGAGUGCAGUUAAAAAGGGUGGUAGAGAUAGAGGUAAACAACCAAUACUUGAGACUCCAGCUGAGAAUUUAACAUGUGUGAAUGGGUUUGAUGCCUUGCAAGUUUUGAAUGACUUGCAAGUGCUGAGGGACUCAGGUCAAUAUUAG